GAAGUUGGUCUAUGAACAACUACGUGGCACUUUGACACGUCUAUAUCAACAAUUAGAAGUGAUAACUCCAUUGAUAGAGUUACAGUGAACCUCGAGACGAUAUCGAGAAUCUGGAGUAGUGAGUCGAUUGUUUAGUUGGAUUGCUGAAAGAAUUUCAAGAUCAAUACCAGAGAAGAGGAAGAAAAUGGGACCUCUGAGGGCUCUUAUCCUCGUAGGAGGAUAUGGCACUAGGUUACGCCCUUUGACACUCAGCAGGCCAAAGCCUCUAGUGGAAUUCGCUAAUAAACCGAUGCUUUUGCAUCAAUUCGAGGCUCUGGUAGCUUCGAACGUAACUGAGAUUAUUCUGGCGGUCUCUUAUCGGGCUGAAGACAUGGAGAAAGAGCUGUCAGCAGAGGCUGAAAAACUUGGGGUCAAUCUCAUAUUUUCCCACGAGAAAGAGCCCCUAGGCACUGCCGGUCCCAUAGCUCUUGCCAAGGAACUGUUGUUACAGAGCGACGAGCCCUUCUUCGUCCUCAAUUCAGACAUAAUUUGUGAUUUUCCCUUCAAGCAAUUACUGCAAUUCCACAAGUCUCACGGUGGUGAAGGAACAAUCGUCGUGACUAAAGUGGAGGAACCAUCAAAAUACGGAGUGGUUCUUUACAAUAAAAAGGGGAGGGUCGAGAGUUUCAUAGAAAAGCCACAGGAAUUCGUAUCAAAUAAAAUAAAUGCGGGGAUUUACAUCUUCAAUAGUAGUAUACUAAACAGAAUCGAGUUAAAGCCAAUGAGUAUCGAAAAAGAGGUGUUUCCAGGAAUGGCAAGAGAUAACAUGCUUUAUGCCAUGGAGCUCCAGGGUUUCUGGAUGGACGUUGGACAACCCGAGGACUUCCUUAAAGGGAUGUGCCUGUACUUGGCCUCACUGAGACAAAAAAGCCCUGAGAAAUUGUACUUGAAUGAUGGUGUCAUUGGGAAUGUCCUGGUGGAUCCAACGGCGGUCAUUGGAAAUAACUGCCGGAUAGGGCCUAACGUCAUCAUCGGUCCUGGAGUUGUUCUAGCAGAUGGAUGCUGUAUAAAACGUUCAACAAUUCUCAAAUCUGCCAGAAUCAAAGAACACAGUUGGUUGGAUGGAUGCAUCGUGGGCUGGAGCUGCGUAGUGGGACGUUGGGUACGGAUGGAAGGCAUCACAGUCCUAGGAGAGGACGUAAUCGUCAAGGACGAGUUGUACAUCAACGGCGGACAAGUGUUACCCCACAAAAGUAUCGCCACAUCAGUCUUUAAGCCCCAAGUCAUAAUGUGACUACUCAUUCCUGAAAUACAUAUUUCCCUGAGAACACUCUCCAA